AUGCUCGCCAAGCUCACGCUCGCUGCCGCCUCUGUCGCCGCUGCUUCCGCCUUCUCUGCUGGCCCAGCCCUCCCUCUCCGCGCCCCAGCGGCCCGCGCCACCUCCGUCUCCAUGGUUGCGGAGUCUGACGUGUCCCGCCGCAGCGUCCUCGGAGGAGCUGCCAUCGCUGGAGCUGCUGCCCUCACUGCCCCCAAGUUCGCUGAGGCUCGUGACACUGCCGGAGCUGAGAAGGGCUUCCUUGCCCCCCAGUCCUACCAGAGCUACCGCAAGGGCCAGCUCCUCAACAUUGCUCCUGUGUUGACACGUGUGUUGUCGAUCGAUCCAGGUCCACGACGAGCGUGGCUGCCUCCGCCCCGCGCCGAGUACACUGGCGCCAAGGUCGGAACUGAGGACGAUGCCAUGUGCGUCUCCGUCAAGGCCAAGGCCAUCCCUGCCAACACCAACCUUGCUGCCUCUAUCCUCAGCGAUUUCCAGAUCUACUGCCAAGAUGGAUCUUGCCCUAAGUAA